AUGUUUUCUUGGGCUUCACUCAGAAAAUCCUCACUAUCUAUUGCCUAUAAUCAGCGGCUGACCGUCACUCGUCCAUGUCUCAACCAGUCUCAAAGCUUCACCUCAUCCUCCUCUGGUGAUCAGAAUAAGAGUGGAGAUACAUUUUUGAAACAAUUAAGAUCAUUAUCUUCUAGGGUUGUUGUUGCUGGGUCAAUAAGUUUGGGUUUUUUGUAUUGGUUUUCCCCGCCUAACGUGUUAGCUGAUUCUCCGAAAGAGGCAUGGGCAGAAGAUGACGACCAACUUCGACAUUCAGUACCUGAGAAGAAUGGCAAGUUUCUGUUCGGAGAUGCAUACAGGAGAAGAAUUUUUUUCAAUUAUGAAAAACGGAUUAGGAUGCAGAGUCCUCCAGAAAAGGUUUUCGAGUACUUCGCGUCUUUUCGAAGCAAUGCAGGAGAGGUACUUAUGACACCGGCAGACUUGAUGCGAGCAAUUGUUCCUGUAUUUCCUCCAAGUGAAUCUAAUCGUGUUAGAGAGGGAUUCCUAAGAGGGGAAAGGGUUCCUGGCGAGUUACACUGCGCUCCUUCAAAAUUUUUCAUGUUAUUCGACACUAACAAUGAUGGACUCAUAUCUUUUCCAGAGUACAUCUUUUUUGUUACACUACUCAGCAUUCCUGAAUCAAGCUUUUCUGUAGCAUUUAAAAUGUUUGACCUUAACAACAACGGAGAAAUAGACAGGGAGGAAUUCAAGAAAGUGAUGAAUUUGAUGCGAUCACAAAACAGACAGGGCGCCCGCCACAGGGAUGGGCGGCGAGUCGGGUUCAAAGUUGCGGAACCUGUGGAGAACGGGGGCCUGGUAGAGUACUUCUUUGGUAAAGAUGGCAAGACAUGUCUACAACAUGAAAGAUUUGUCCAAUUUUUAAGAGACUUGCAUGAUGAAAUUCUAGAAUUGGAGUUCGCCCAUUAUGACUGCAAAUUACGGGGUAAUAUAUCAGCUAAAGAUUUUGCAUUAUCCGUAGUAGCAUCGGCUGACAUUAGCCAUAUAAACAAGUUGCUUGAUCGGGUUGAUGAACUAAACAAUGAACCACACCUUAGAAACAUUCGGAUAACAUUUGAGGAAUUUAAAGCUUUUGCAGAACUUCGUAAGAAAUUGCAGUUCUUGUCUAUAGCCAUUUUCACUUACGGGAAAGCGAAUGGGGUGUUAACAAAGAAGGAUUUUCAGAGAGCUGCAUCACAGGUAUGUGGGAUCUCUAUCACCGACAACUUGGUGGACAUAAUAUUCCAUGUGUUUGAUACAAAUCGUGAUGGAAGUUUAAGCUCAGAUGAGUUCGUUAGAGUUUUGCAAAGACGGGAAUCGGACACUACGCAGCCUAGAGAGGGAGGCUUCAAGGGAUUGAUAUGUUGCUGGAAGAAAUGUGCUACUAACUGCUCUUCUGCAAAGCUGCUUCUUUAGUUUUAUUUAAUUAUAUAUUCAAUUAUCA